AUGUGGAAACACCUGAACCUGAGCGCCAGUUUCUACGAUUUCUCGGAUUACCAACUUGAGGAAUUGGGCCUCAACCCAACCCCAUUCCAGUACCUCCCCGAUCGCACCCAGCAUCCGAUUUACAGCUCGGACGAAUUCCGAAUGUACGGGUUUAAAAUAAAAAAGUGCUCAAAGACCCGCAGCCAUGACUGGACGGAGUGCCCAUUCGCGCAUCGAGGCGAAAAGGCGAAGCGUCGGGAUCCGCGCAAAGUGAACUAUGCGGCCAUUUCAUGCCCCGACUUCCGAAACGGCGCCGAGUGCCCUAGGGGUGAGGCCUGCGAGUUCGCGCACGGCGUUUUCGAGUACUGGCUGCACCCGGCCAAGUACCGCACACGUGCAUGCAAUGCCGGGACAUUUUGUCAACGUAAGGUGUGCUUCUUCGCACACACGCCGGAGCAGCUCCGUGCGGAGACCAAGUACAAGUGCCAUUUCACGUACCGGGUGCGGAGGUCCAACGGCAGAGAGGACAAGCGAAGUGGAUCGGACGCUGACGAAAGAUCGGUUUUUGUUGACUCAGAGGCAGCAGCCAAGAGUGAGAGCCCUGUGGAUGGGUACGCUGAAUUUUUGCGGGCUCUGAGGGCGCUAAAGAUCCCGCACGACGAUGACAAGAGUUUCGGAUACGACACUGUUUCGGACCCGGAUUGGAAGUUCGAUUGGAUUUCGGACUUGGUGGAGUAA